AACUGGAUGGAAAGCCUCAGUGCUUCAUGGAGCUUCAUCUCGACAUCACUAUUCUGAAGUGAAGAACUUCGCUUCAGAAGGUCUGAUUCUUUCUCUAGUCUGGGUGAUAGAAAGACAGUUUGGCGCCUCAAUGACCGGAAACAGCAGCCGUAUGGGUCACGUGUCUUUCUUAAAGGGACACACGCAGACGGAUCCAUCACUACUGACCUCCAUAAUGUUCCUGGAUCUGUUGGUUCUGCUGUUCUCCUGACUGCUGUAGGUUCUGGUGCUCAGGGAUCAGUAGAAUCAGUCUGUUGUACAGCUCAGCUUCAACAAGAAAUCUGCAGCAUCAAAUCUACACGUCUUCCAUCACCUCCUCAUCACUUCAUCACUUCUUCAUCACUUCUUCAUCACCUCCUCAUCACCUCCUCUGUCAUGAAUCCUGCAUGUUCUUCCUCUUCUCAGAAGAAGAGGAAGAGGUCAGAGACUCUGGAUGAACCUCCUUCUCCAGUGAACAUCAACACUCCUGAGAGAGUGAAGGAGGAGAAGAAGAAGAAGAGAAGGAAAGAGGAGGAGAAGAUGAUCAGUCUUCCUCCUCCUGCUGAUGGAGGGACGAAUAUUAAGAAGAAGAAGAAGGAGAGAGAGGAAGAGGAGGAGGAUGGACAGAUGAGCAGGAAGCAAAAGAAGAAGAAGCUUCAGGUUGCCAUAGAAACCUGUGACACAGAAAAGAACACGAAGAAGAAGAAGCACGAGAACCAUGUGUGUGAGGAGAGUGUUGCCAUGGCAACAAUCGGCUGCAGAGAACCGGACUCCACGGUAACCAACAAGAAGAAAAAACAGAAGGCACCUGUCACCACAGCAACAACCACAACAGACCCAAACAAUGGAGAUGCAUCGAGUUCUGUGGGAACAAAAAACAAGACAGAAAAGAGGAAGAAGAAGAAUGGAAAUGUGAUGGAGGAGAAACCCGGAGGAGAGAAGACAAACCAGCAGGUUAACUGGGAUCUGGUGGAGGAGCUGCAGGAGUUUAUUCCAGACGUCAAAAAGAAAUCAGUCGAUGAGAUCAGCAAGUUACUGCGGUACGACCUGCAGCGCUUCAAGACCUUCAAACAGCAAGGUACUAGUACUACAAACACGUCAAACAGCAAGGUACAAGUACUACAAACACGUCAAACAGCAAGGUACAAGUACUACAAACACGUCAAACAGCAAGGUACAAGUACUACAAACACGUCAAACAGCAAGGUACAAGUACUACAAACACGUCAAACAGCAAGGUACAAGUACUACAAACACGUCAAACAGCAAGGUACAAGUACUACAAACACGUCAAACAGCAAGGUACAAGUACUACAAACACGUCAAACAGCAAGGUACAAGUACUACAAACACGUCAAACAGCAAGGUACAAGUACUACAAACACUUCACACAGCAAGGUACAAGUACUACAAACACGUCAAACAGCAAGGUACAAGUACUACAAACACUUCACACAGCAAGGUACUAGUACUACAAACACGUCAAACAGCAAGGUACAAGUACUACAAACACUUCACACAGCAAGGUACAAGUACUACAAACACGUCAAACAGCAAGGUACAAGUACUACAAACACUUCACACAGCAAGGUACAAGUACUACAAACACUUCACACAGCAAGGUACAAGUACUACAAACACUUCAGACAGCAAGGUACAAGUACUACAAACACUUCAGACAGAAAGGUACUAGUACUACAAACACUUCAGACAGAAAGGUACUAGUACUACAAACACUUCAGACAACAAGGUACUAGUACUACAAACACUUCAGACAGCAAGGUACAAGUACUACAAACACUUCACACAGCAAGGUACAAGUACUACAAACACUUCACACAGCAAGGUACAAGUACUACAAACACUUCAGACAGCAAGGUACAAGUACUACAAACACUUCACACAGCAAGGUACAAGUACUACAAACACUUCACACAGCAAGGUACAAGUACUACAAACACUUCACACAGCAAGGUACUAGUACUACAAACACUUCAGACAACAAGGUACAAGUACUACAAACACUUCAGACAACAAGGUACUAGUACUACAAACACGUCAAACAGCAAGGUACAAGUACUACAAACACGUCAAACAGCAAGGUACAAGUACUACAAACACUUCAAACAGCAAGGUACAAGUACUACAAACACUUCAGACAACAAGGUACAAGUACUACAAACACUUCAGACAACAAGGUACUAGUACUACAAACACUUCAGACAACAAGGUACUAGUACUACAAACACGUCAAACAGCAAGGUACAAGUACUACAAACACUUCAAACAACAAGGUACUAGUACUACAAACACUUCAAACAACAAGGUACAAGUACUACAAACACGUCAAACAGCAAGGUACUAGUACUACAAACACUUCAAACAACAAGGUACAAGUACUACAAACACGUCAAACAGCAAGGUACUAGUACUACAAACACGUCAAACAGCAA